GAAAACACUCUACGCCGCCUGAUCGUCUCGUUUGUAUGUAUUACCAUCAAUUAUUUUUAUCUAAAAUGGUUGUUGCUCCGUCUGAGCCAUUUUUUAAUUGAUAAAUGUGCUUGUAGAAAAUGCGGUUGAGAGUGAGAUACUGGAGAGGAGCGGAAGCUCCAGUCCAAAAGCCGCUGUGCAGACUGUGCGAGUGUCCGGCGUCGGACGGCCACGUCCUCGGCUCACAGGUGGACAGGACGAAGCUGAGGAAUUGGGCCAUGAUGAGCAUGAACUUUACCGAAAGCGACGAAUAUUUGCCGGAGGAGGUCGAGAAAGACGAUUUUAUCUGCUAUUUUUGCAUCUGGCAGGCAGAGUUUGCGGAUGAGACUGGAGACGAAUCUAUCGCUUGGUGGCCGCGGAAUUUGGACUUGGACAAGACGUCAGAGCAGUUGCGCGAGAAUUAUUCUGAGGGAAAAGUGGAGCAGUGUUGGGUUCAAUUGGACGAAGUUGAGGAGGAAAUAGAUCUGGAGCCCGAGGAAGCCGUUGAACUAGGCCCAGAAGGCGGAAAAUGCGUUUACUGCGGAAAAUUGUUCCUCUACCUGCGGCAACACAUGCGAAUUCUGCACAGAAACGCGAUAAAAUGCCAGCAUGAGCAGUGCAACACGUAUUUCCACACCUCGGAAGACAGAGAGCGGCAUUUUCUGGAGCACCAUUGCUUCAUCCCGAAGAAGAAACUGCCGAUGAAAUGCCAGUUUUGCGAGGUGACCUGUUUGACUUCCUCCUACAAAAUUCACGUCUACAGCAAACACCCGGAGUUCAGCAAGAAGUGCGCCUUGGUCGGCUGCCACGUCUAUUUCGGCAGCGAGGCCGAGGCGCAGGCCCACUUCCGGUCGGCCCACGCCCACACCCUCAAGGCGAAAAAAAGAAAAUCUUCGCUCGCACGGCCAGCCAAAAAAUUCAUGCUGCUCAAACCAACGGCAGAUGAAGUUCAAGAAGUGCAAUCUCCCCAGUGAUUUUCCUUCGCGGUUUUUUCCUGUGAUUUUUAACUUCCUAUUUUAAAUUUUUGUUGCAAUUUCUUGCCUUUUAAAAUAAUUAAAAGUAUUUAUUUAAAUUUUCGCUGGUGGUUAAAGUAAAGUAAAACCACAGAAAAUUUAAAGUAAUUUUCGUUCACUAUUUUAUGAAAUUUUAUAAUUUUUUGGAGACUGAAAUGUCUGGAAAUUUUAUUUACGACAUUUUAAAAAUUACGCAUCAGUUGAUUUGUCUUUUUUGUUGAAAAUUGUUAAUGAUUAAAUCCUAUUUAAAAAGUAACGUAUUUAGUUCCUUGAAUCCGGCAAAAACUGCAUGAGCUUUGCUUUUUACCAACGCUCUUUUUAAUUUCCUUUUGAAAAAAUUAAAAAUUUCGCCCUUCACGAAUAAAAUUUUGUCUCAAAAUUGUCUGACAAAUGCUUAAUAAGUUUUAUAGACACUACACAAUUAAUACCCUGUAAAAAAACCUUUCGAAAAAAAAGCUCUAUCUCAUAUUUAAAAUAAUUAAACCAAUUUGACCUUUUGAAAUCCCUCAAGGUGCUCAGGCAACGUCAUGAUGUACCUAAAAUUUCGUUCCUGAGCACACUUCAGGACUUCAAACGGCCAAAUUUCACAUUAUGUAGGUCAUUCUAAGGCUACCCUGACGCCAGGGUUCGAUUUCUAACUUGAUCUGAUGGUCUUUAGUGUAACCAAAGCAUGUUCCGAGAGUAAAAAUAAAGGUGAAUAUGCCAAA